UUUCUUGUCAUAUGCCGUCGACUAGCUACGUUGAAAACACAAACCCUAAACCCACAAGCCGACUUCUUGCUCUUAAACCUCGGCAGGUACUACUAGCUGAGCUCAACGCCAAGGCCGCGCUAACGAUGAAGCCCUCCACCGAAAGCAGGUCUGUUCUCAUCCAUUCCAUCCUGUGCUUCCUCGACUCCAACGCCUUCUCCAAAACCCUCAAGCGCUUUCUCUCUGAAGCUCAAAUUCAGGAUGAUAGUUGGAAGGCCUGCUCAUUUAAUCUGGAAGACAUAUUUAGCAAUCAUUUCCAGACAUGUGACACUAAAUCUGUCAUUCUGGAGAAAGAGGUACAACCAGAAAUUAAAGGUGCUGCUGCUGAAGAAGAUGUGAAAAAGAAAAAGAAGAAAAGUGAUGCCAAUGCAGAAUUAGAUCCCAUUGGAAAGGAUAAUACUUUGGAGAUGGAUGAACAGAAAAAGAAAGAAAAAAGCAAGAGGAGGAAAAACAAAUCUGGUCUUGAAUUACAAGAACUUGAGAAAGAAUCAGAACAGCCAGGAUUGUCUACAGUAACAGAAGAAAAAGGAAAAAAGAAGAAAAACAAAGUUGAUAGAUCAUCUCUUGAAGAGGGUGGAAAAGAAGUUGGUAAAGAAGAAAAAGAAAAAUCUAAAGAUGGAAAGAAAAUAAAAAAGAAAGGUUUUGAGAAAGAUUCCAUUGAAGGUGACAAAAGUAAAGAGGAAGUCAUUAGUAAAGAGAAAUCCAAAAAGAGGAAAAGAUCACUUUCCGAUGAAAAUGCUGAGACAAAAAAUUUGCAGGAGGGCAAGAUCAGUGAUCCAGUUAUAGAAGUAAAUUCUGUUAAUGGCGAUAAUGGGAAGUCAGAGAAGAAAAAGAGCAUUGAAAAUGGUCAUGUGAGUGAAAAUCACUUACAGGAUUUGUCAGUUAGUAGGCAAGAUAAUGAAGAAGACAAUUCUGAUGCUGGUAGAUCCGCUAAGAAACAGCGUAUUGAAUCUGCAGAGCCUAAGUCAGCAGCAAAUGCAUUUAGAAGAGUAAAAGUGGAAGAGGUGGUUUUCACUGAUGAGAGGCUACAAGAUAAUUCCUAUUGGGCAAAGGAUGGAGCAGAUAUUGGGUAUGGUGCCAAAGCUCAAGAAGUUCUUGGACAAGUUAGAGGAAGGGGCUUCCGCCACGAAAAAACAAAAAAGAAACGUGGUUCAUACAGAGGGGGGCAGAUUGAUUUGGAUUCUCAUUCGGUAAAGUUUAACUAUUCGGACGAAGAAUGAGAGGCAAUAGCUACUUCUGAUUGUUUGUUCUGCUCUUGCAUUUUUUGUUGUGGGUUAUUUAUGGUGGGACGAAGUCUUUGCAUUUGGUGUCCCAUUGCCAAAUUUUGAUUUUAAUGGUUUUAAACUGGAUGAUAUUAUUACCUUCAUUGAAAUAACUCUUGCAUGUUAUAUUUCUUUCUUUCUUUUUUUCCUUUAAAAGGAUUAGAUUACUGAACUUAAAUCUUUAUAAUGUGAUUGUUUCCUU